AUGCUGGAGAGCCCACAAUUACCUUCAGUCGCUGACUUAUCGUUUGAUUAUAAUGGCAGCAAAACACAUUUCAAUAUAGUUCAGUUCGCCAACGUUAACGUUGUUAUUAUUUCUGAUAUCGAAAAGAUUGGGCAAAUUGUACAUGUAAUCUUUCCUGAAGCAGUCAUUACUUCUAGACUUCAACCGACGCAUAAUAUUGAUUACGACACGAAAGUCCUUCUAGGGGCACCACUGGGUGAUUUCGACCUUCUUUUGAAUCGCUUUGUGAAAACAUUAGUUGAACACAAUAAACGGUGUGAUUUCCUGUUUUCAUUGGGUCUAGACCAUUUCGACAUAGAUCAUGUGCGGUGCAUUGUGGAAAAAUUCAAUGAAUACUUAUCACAUUAA